GGGAGGGGCGUACGCAGAGCCGCUGUAGUCUCGCGCGGCGGUUGCGAGCGCGUGAGGGACCUGUGCUGCGUUGCGUGCGGUUAGGCAGCAGCGGCAGCAGGAGCAGCAGCAGCUGUGUAUAGGAGUCAUGAAACACCACGAGGUGGAGAUUCUGGACGCGAAGACACGGGAGAAGCUGUGCUUCUUGGACAAGGUGGAGCCCCAUGCCACCAUCGCCGAGAUCAAGAAUCUUUUCACUAAGAGCCAUCCGCAGUGGUACCCUGCCCGCCAGUCCCUCCGUCUGGACCCUAAGGGCAAGUCCCUGAAGGAUGAGGAUAUUCUGCAGAAGCUGCCUGUGGGUACCACGGCCACACUUUACUUCCGAGACCUGGGGGCCCAGAUCAGCUGGGUGACGGUGUUCCUGACAGAGUACGCGGGGCCCCUUUUCAUCUACCUGCUCUUCUACUUCCGGGUGCCCUUCAUCUAUGGCCACAAAUAUGACUUCACGUCCAGCCGGCACACGGUGGUGCACCUCGCUUGCAUCUGCCACUCAUUCCACUACAUCAAGCGCCUUCUGGAGACACUCUUCGUGCAUCGCUUCUCUCAUGGCACCAUGCCCUUGCGCAACAUCUUCAAGAACUGCACCUACUACUGGGGCUUCGCUGCGUGGAUGGCCUAUUACAUCAACCACCCUCUCUACACGCCCCCCACCUAUGGAGCUCAGCAGGUUAAACUGGCACUUGCCAUCUUUGUGAUUUGUCAGCUGGGCAAUUUCUCCAUCCACAUGGCCCUGCGGGACCUGCGGCCAGCAGGGUCCAAGACCAGGAAGAUCCCCUACCCCACUAAGAACCCCUUCACAUGGCUUUUCCUGCUGGUGUCCUGCCCCAACUACACCUAUGAGGUGGGGUCCUGGAUUGGCUUUGCCAUCAUGACACAGUGUCUCCCAGUGGCCCUCUUCUCCCUGGUGGGCUUCACCCAGAUGACUAUCUGGGCCAAGGGCAAGCACCGCAGCUACCUGAAGGAAUUCCGAGACUACCCACCCCUGCGCAUGCCCAUCAUCCCCUUCCUGCUCUGAGCUGCCCACCCCACUGGCUAGGCUCCGCCAGGCUUUCAUCCCCCCACCCCUUGUCCUUUUGGGAGAGAAGUGAGGACCACUGCUCUUCAGCGCAUGGAAUAAAACCUGCCUGCAUAGCCGGACUCAGA